UCUAAGAUGUCUUCUAUAAUAUUUGAGUUGAAUUAUUAUUCAUACCAAUAAAAAUAAAUAAUAUUAAUUAAUUAAAUUGAUAAUUACUGCACAUAAAUUAAAAAUGUUUUCAUCAGGCCAAGAACCACGCUUAACUAACAAGGAUAAGUUGAAACUAUUUUUUUUAGUACAUUGGCGAGGAAUUCUUUGUGUGGUUGUUCCUAUUCUUUUCAUUGUCAUGUUAUUGCCUUUCCCUCCUCAGCCAUACCAAUGGACCGCUUACUGCUUAGCGGUUAUGGCUGUAUUCUGGGUAUCUGAAUGUAUUCCUUUAGCUGUAACAUCGUUCUUGCCGAUUAUUAUCUUCCCAUUGGCUGGGGUUUCUGGCACAGUGGAAGUUUGCAAAUGCUAUGUUAAUGAUUCUCUAAUGAUGUUUCUGGGAAGUUUAAUUUUGGCAUACUCCGUUGAGCAGUGUGGCUUGCACGAACGAUUGGCUUAUAUAGCGAUUCGAUCCAUUGGAUAUUCACAUGUCAGGUUGUUAAUAGCAAUGUGUGUUGUAACAACUUUCGUCUCCAUGUGGAUCACUAAUACGGCUGCCACCACAAUGAUGGUCCCUAUCAACUUUGCUGUGUUGAAAGUCUUUGAAGAUCAAAAACUAUUACAAAUAUAUGAGACAACAAGCGAUGGAGAAAAGAUUGCAUCUGAUAUAACAACAUGCUACUUUUGCGUCGCGACCUACUCUGCAACAAUCGGUGGCAUCGGAACUCUGGUUGGAACGGCAACUAAUUUAGUAUUUAAGGGGCUAUUCGUCACGGCAUACCCAGAAGCUCCUGAAUAUUUGUCAUUUCCGAAGUUCUCCGCAUUCGGAGUUCCGUACAUGAUACUUUUGGCUGCAUUUAUGCUAGUUAAUAUGUUAAUAAUGUAUGUUGGAUUUCUAAGACCUAAAAGUGAAGUUGCUAAGAAAAACAAAAUUACGCCGGAAGGUUUGGCGGCAGCUAAAUUAGCUGUAGAGACUAAUUAUGCUAAAUUAGGUCCAGUUUCAUUUUGGGAAGGAAUGGUCAUCUUGUUAUUUGGCGGAGCCAUGGUAGGGUUUUUCUGUCGUUCGCCGCAGAUAUUCACUGGAUGGGGAGAUUUAAUAAAAGAUUAUUUCGAUUUGACAGAUGCUAAGUACGUUCGAGAUUCAGCUCUAGCCGCUCUUGUUUCGUUUCUAAUGUUCCUUUUACCAUCGAAUCUUUCAUUUUUCCGGAACUGCAAAGCGAAAUUCUAUGAAGAUUUCCCGAAGGAAAGAAUAAGGUCCGUACUUGAUUGGAAGAGCAUGAUAUCUGCAUUGCCUUAUAGUUUUACUUUUCUUCUCGGCGGUGGUUUUGCUUUAUCCGAUGCAGCUAAAAAAACUGGAUUAAAUGAUAAAAUAGGAGACUCCUUACAGCAACUGAAAUUUUUACCGAACAUAUUAAUUCUUUUGAUAGUGAUUAUAUUUGUUAUUAUGCUGACAAAUAUCGCAUCAAACGUGGCCACUGCUAACGUACUUUGCCCAAUAAGUAUGACGUUGGCCAAGGAAAUCGGUGAAAAUCCACUCUGGUAUGUAAUAGCCAGUGGAUUCUCAUCAUCUUACUGCUUUAUACUUCCAAUAGGAACGCCAGGCAACUUGAUUGUACAGAGUGCUGCUAAGAUACCUACGGUGAAAAUGAUAAAAGCUGGUGUGGGACCUACAAUAUCAACAACAAUUAUAACUUGGCUCGCUGUAUACUUCUACGCUCCUAUAAUUUGGCCUGAUCUUCACAGUCUUCCCGAUUGGGUUAAAUAGUCACUUAACUAUACGCAAAAUGAUUUUUGACAGUUUUUGUUAAGACAAUAUGUCAAAAAUUUAACAAGUCGGUAUUAAUGAAGAUUGUUUUAAGCAUUAAUUUUAACUGGAGAUUUGUUUAGUGUUAAACAGUAUUAUUUUGUUUUGCUUAAGAGAUUUAGAGUUUAGUUUGCACAAUUUUUCACAAAAACAAUAUUUACUAUAGCUAUUAAUUAA